AUGCCUCUUUUCCUAGCAAUAUCUUCCAAAGCAGCCAUCACCACUGGCGCCGUAAUUGGCGGAGCAGUUGCCGUUAUUGCAAACAAAGACCGGAUUCUAGAGGUGACAGCCCAGGUGCUCCAAAAGGGGGCUAAUAUAUUGAAUGAGAAAGUGGAGCAAAGGAGACGAAGAGUGGCGGCUCAAAGCAUACCGGUUGAUAUCUCGGAUGAGGAGUUUGAAGAAGAGAUUUCUUCCUUUGCUCGUGGCGAUGGGUACAGCGAGCUUACAACCCCCAGCACUACGGAUCUAGAGCUCUCAGAUGACGAGACAGAGAAUGUGGCAAAGAGAAGAAACAUAAGCCCACUCAUCAUUGACGAGGUGGACUGA